AUGCCACGUCGUAAGGCAGUCGAUGGUGCGCCGCCGGCGCCAAAAGCGCCCCGAUCUAGAAAGAAGAAAGUGAAUCCAGAGGAGAACAAACCACCAGAUGCAUAUGAUCCAUCAAUGAUGCAUCCGAAUGGUUAUAUGGAUGGACCACCGCCGCACGGAAUGGAAGGAAGUGCCGGCGGAUAUGGUCCACCAUAUGGUGAUUAUGGUGCAGCUCCGCCAUAUCAUCCAAGUUAUGGUGCACCUCCACCAUUUGGAAGCCCCGAACCUGCCAAUAGUCCAUAUAUAAUGCCGCAACAAUCAAAUACACCUCAACCACAAAUGAUGUGAGCAAUAUUGAUGUUUUUUUUUCAGCAAAACAAUGAACAAAAUAUGCAGUUUUUCCCCUAAUCCCAUAAUCCUGAGGGUCCCCAGCAGAAAAUCUUGUUGUUUUUUUUUCAAUCAUAUAUUUUACAGUAUGCGACCAAUGCCUCCACCACAACAACACACACCAAAUCAAUUAGGACCAGCGCCAAGUGCGCUCGAGUUCAGGAUACAUGAGAUGAAUCGACGAUUGUACAUUUUUAGCUCAACAGGGGUGAGUUGCUCAUAUUAAUAAUAGAGUGUAGUUUGGUGUUCGAAAAAGGAUUUAUAAUUUUUGAGAUCUUAUUUAUCGUAAUUUUUUUUCGCCAAAUUUCACCCCGGGAACUUGAAAAAUUCGAAUUUCAAUGAAAAUUAUUUUUGAUCUACAAAAAAUUUUGAAUAAAUUUUGAUCUACGAAAAUUUUAAAUUAAUUUUGUCUGCAGUACAUAAUACCUAGAAAUUGAUUUUGAUCUACAGUACAUAAUACCUAGAUGUUAAAAAAAUCAAUCAAUAAUUUAAAUAAUUUUUUUGCAGAUUUCGGAAAGCGAUCAUCAACAAUGGUGGGAUGCGUUUUCACACGAAUUUUUCGACGACGAUUGUAAACUGUGGUUUGUGAUUGGCGACGAUGCGACACCAAUUCAAGAGCGAGAGAAAUAUUGUGAGUUUUUUUUUUGGAAAAUAUCUGGUUUUGAAUCUGGGAUUUUUUUGAGCUCGUAUUUUUGAACUACAAAAUUAACUAGAUUUGGACUAACUUCUGUCAUUCUGUAUCCGAAAUCUCAAAAAUUCCAGCUGAAAUCAAAUCUAGAAUAACCUUUUAACAUUCCAUUUUUCCAGGUGUUGGACGAAAUACGGUACCCCGUUUCUUCCGAUCAAUUUUCGACAGCGGAAUGCGCGAAUUACUCUAUGUGCUACGCGGUCCAUCGCGAGAAUGCCAAUCGCCCGGCGGUUUUCCCGCAUAUGAAAAUGAAAGUGUGUUGCAAGUGACGAAAUUCGAUUCACCAGCUCAUACCGAGGUUUGUAUCGCUUUCUUUUUUUCUGCUGAAAUUUUAUUCUCACACUCAUACACACACAAGUUUUCACACACAGUUUUGCUCCCUCCCUCCAAAUAAUUAUAGACCUGACAUGCUGAAGAGUUGAUUUUUUGAUACACCGUGAGAAAAGAUCUGACGCUUUUUGUGAUUUUGAGAUUUUUUUUUCUUCGCAUACCCGAAUUGUUUUUUCAACUGAUUGAAGAUUUAGUAGUUUCAAUAUUUAUUUGAAUUGAAUCCCAAUGAAAUGAUAUUUUUUCAGAUCAACACAGAAUGUAGGUUAUAUGUUGAAUUUACACCAUACGACGAGGUGCUGAAUUACCGAAUUCGAGCAUGGACGUUGGAAAUGAAACAAUGUGACGAGUUUAUUUAUAGUGAUAUUAAACAGGUUGGUUUUUGCCGGGAAAGAUUUUGAAAUGAGCCUAGGGAAUCAGACACGAUUCCGUGGAUGUUUCAAAUUAUACCAGGGUGGCGUUUCCCAUAGGGCCAGGUUUAACUUUUUUGUAAAAUGAGGCAUAAAAAUAUUGCUCUUCCAAAAAAUAGUCCUAUCAGAUUUCCCCUAAAAUCAAAAAAGUACUGUAUUUCUGCGUUGUAACAAUCCAAAAUUGAAUUUUGUGUAAUGUACAGUAUUCUUUCUUGCUCUGGAUGUAACAUUGAUAAUAGUUUUUUUUUUUUGAAAAACCAUCUUCCGAUUUCAUAUUUUCCAACGAAAAUUUUCAAACAAAUAAAAAAUUCUGUUGUUUCAAAAAAAGUGGAAUUUUUUCAUGCAUUUGAAAUUAUUCAACGCGUUUUUUGUAGUCUAGAAUAGAAUAGAAUAGCUAACCAAAAACUAUUCCCAUUCCCAUAAAAUAAUGUGGUAUUUGCAAAUAUCCCGUGGGACCAUGUUGUCUUCACUAAUAGAUGUUUAUGAUUAUAUGGGGCUCCACCAAAAAUAGAAGAAGAAGAAGGAAACAAGUUGUUUGUUUCUCUAGUCGUUAUAUUUUCUUGUUGUCUCCAGCUCCACGUAAUGAGUUGAAAUAGUGUGCAAAAGUUGGAGAGUAUCUCUUGCUUUUUCUUUUUCUUAUUUUUUUUUUCGAAGAAGAAAAAAGAAAAAGCCAAAACGACGACUACUAGUAGUACUGAUGUGUUUUGUUUUCUCUAGUCACGUCUUGCUAUUUUUUUCGUGAAGACAUAAGGGGUGAAAAAAAAAGAUAGAAUUUGCAUUUCACAUUUCACAUCUCACAUCAAGAAGGAAAAAGUAUAACAUAAAAUAAAAUAGAAUAAAAUGAUCAUAAAAAGGCGAAGCAACAAAAUGUUUAUUCUAGCUUUUCUCGAAGAAAAGAAAAAGCAUUUACGCUUCAAUAAGAUUCAACUUUUUUCUUCUGCUUUGUGAACGAAUUGUUUUUCAUGGAAUAAGGGGUCAGAGUUUUGAAACUUGAUGUUUUUGGAACGAAAAAAAUUGUUUGAACAGAUGCAUUUGAUCAGCUUUUUUGUCAGAUGAAACAAACAGAAACGUGUGAAUUUUGAAACAGCAAAUUUUGACUAGAAAAUAUUUUGGAAUAGGGAGACAAUACAAAAAUUCGCGCAUAUAAGAAGAUCAACAUUUUUGAACCGAUCGCUUUUGUGAACAUUUUUUAACCUGAUGAAUAACAUAGCGAAAAUUUAAUUUCCUGAAACCUUAGUUAAUUCAAAAAAACUUUCAGAAAAUUUGGCGAUCUAAAUUUUCUGAAGUUAAUUUUGCCGCAAAUUUGAGGAUCAAAAAAUCAUUUUUAAAAGUAGUGAUUCUUCUGGAAUCUUUUAUUAUUAGAUUUGAUAAGCCUCUUGGCGAGGAUUAAAAAAACAUGAAAUUGUUUCAACAAAAAAAAAACUCGAGUUUUUUAGAGUAAAAUUCAGCGGAAAGAUACAAAAUCAAUAAAUUUUCAAAAUGAAAAUAAUAUUCUUCAAAAUUUGAAACACUGUAGAACUUUUUUUUUCAAAAAAUCUCAAAUUAUUAGAUAUCAAAAAUCAAUAAUAUUUUUUUUUCCAGGAAUAUGAGCGAAUCGAUGGCGGAAAUCCAGAUCGACGACAAAGCACAAAAAUGGGCUUUUUCAAAAACACAGUCUCCCUAAUGUCCCUCGCUCGAAUUCUUGAACCAAUGCAAAUGAUUAUGAGCAGUGCAAAAUCGAAUGGAAUAAGUGUAAGUCAGAACAAAACAUGAAUCACCUUUCAAUAAUAAUUUCAAUUUUCAUUUUGAUUAAAAAUAGAGUACACCACAACUCUUAAUGAGUUUUUGUUAGUUGUUAUUUUUCAUUCCCUCACAAAAAAAAACCAUUUUUCUUCAUCAAUUCUUCGUUUUUUUUCUCCCAUUUCAUCUCAAUCUAAUUAGUAUACCUUUCUUGAUUUUUCCAUUUGUGCGCGCUAAUUGGAUGAUAUUUUUUUGGCGAGGGAAUUGAAAUAGUGCAGCGGAUUGAGAGGUGACAAAGAUUUGUCAUUUUGUCGCAAGUGAAUAAGCUCAUUUAUUCCGAUUCUCACUUGGCUGUUCAGCUAACUAACUCCUAUUAUUACUAUUAUCAAUUUCUAUCAAAAGCAAUUGAGCGAUUUUCUUUGAAAAAAGGAAAAGAACACUUUGAUAAUGUGGCCCAGUUAUACAAAUAAAAUGAAUAAUUUGAAUGAAUUGCUUGGUUUACAGUGGGGUUCCGAUCCGCGAGAUUUGAUGAAACGAACAUUAUUCUAUCACUACAAUGAGACUCAACGCAAAAAUGCUGAAGCUGUGCGACAACAAAUGAGUGAGUUUUUUUGGGGGGGUUUUUUCAUAAAGUUCAAAAAUUUCUUGACAAUUAUAUUCUCUAAGCCCAGCUACUUGAGAAAUAGCGUUUCUAGGCUCGGCUAUUUGGCAUUUUAGCUCUCCCUUAUGAGCUUUACAAAAAAAUUUGAUAUUAGAAAUCUAGAAAUUGCAGAAAAAAGCCAAGGAAAAAAUUGAUCUCAAAGAUCAAAAAAUUAUAUUAUAAUAAAACUCAUUAACUAAAAGUCCCAGGAAAGGAAAAAAAAACUUUGUUACUACAAUUUCCGCCGCCAAUUUUUUUCUCGUUCACGAAUAAUUGAGAAAGUCUAACUUUUUUCUAUAUUAUACUUUCAUUAGAUUUGCACUUUACUUUCGUAUAGCUGAUUUUUUCUCAUUAUUUUCUUGCCACUUUCUUUUUGAUGUUGGAAUUUAAUGAAAAGCUUAACGACUAUCUAUAGAAAAUUGCUUUUUUUUCUAAUCUAAUCCCUUAUGAUUGCGAAAAUAUAUGAAUAAUAGGCAUUAGUUCUAGAAUUUUUAGCUCAUUUUGGAUUAUAAUGAGAUUUGUUCUUAUAAUCGCACAUUCUUUGACGCUGUUACAAUUUUUUGACUUGACUUGUGUUAAAAAAUAUUAUUCUCUAGGAUACGAUAGAAUACAAAUCUAACAAACUUGUUUUUCGUUUCCUCUUCAUUUUUUUCCAUAAUAAUUAUUACUAGAUUUCUCCAAAUAGAUUUGUUGUUGUUUUUGGUUUGUUAAUAAUUAACUUUCUGACCAUACCAGUUUUACCAAGGGAUUUGCAAAUCAAAAAACAUUGAAAAAAAAACAAACCGAAUUUCAGGUGCACCAACAAUGAUAAUGCCACCAGCGGAGCCAGAAAAACCAAAACCGGUUAGAAAACGUCAACGAAAGCCGGCAGCAAAUGCGAAAGCUAAGAAAACAGCAGCAGCAAAUGCGGCAGCUGCUGCAGCAGCCAACGCAAGUCCAGCACCAUCUGCGCAACAAUAUCAGCCAAAUCCAAUGGCGCAAUCGGUAAGUUAACAGUACAUGAUAUCUGGGGAAGAAAUUAGCGCGUGCCAGGGAAAAAAUAUGACUUUUUUUAAAGAAUUUUUCUGAAGAAUGUUUUUUUCCAAUAAUCUGUCUACCAAAAAUCAAAAAACAAUUUUUCAAGAACUUCCAAAGAGUCCACCAGUUCUAACUAAUUAGUACAAAUUCCCAAAUUUGUUUUUCUUUGCAGUUUUCCGCGAUGGGUUACCAAGAUGUGAUGGUUGUUGGCGAGCCAUCGAUGAUGGGUGGCGAUUUUGGCGACGAAGAUGAGCGAACAAUCUCACGCGUCGAAAACACCCAAUACGAUCCAAACGCAAUUCAAAUGCAUCAAAUGAAUCAAGGCCCACCGCCACAACAAAUGAACGGACCACCAGGUGGAAUGGGUGGACCAAUGGGACCGCCACAAAAUCAAAUGGGCGGCGGUAUUAUGGGUCAAUCGAUUGGCGGAAUGCCGCCACCUAUGACCAAUCAAAUGGUUCCACCAAUGCAUCAGAUGCCGAUGAAUGCGGCGAUGCUUGGCGGAGGUGUUCCGAUGCCAAAUGGAAUGCCAAAUCAGAUGCCGAAUGGAAUGCAACCCGGGUACUCUUUUCAACCACAACAACAAUGGCAACAGCCCCCAAAUUCAGCUAUGAUUACAGGAUAAAUUAAAGGUAGGUGUGAAUAAACUUGAAGAUUCCUGAUCUAUUUUUAUGUUUUUUUUUCAGAUUCUUCUAAUCCCAGUGAUAUUCAAACACAAAUUAGCCGCAUUUAAUGCAAUAAAACCAAUACAACAACGAUAUCAUGACAGGCGUUCAAAAUAUUUUUUCUUCCAAUUUUUUUUCUUCCCCGUUUUUUUUUUAAAUCUACCUAUCCUUUCUUUUCUUGUAAGCCUAAGCCCAAAAUCAACAAACAUUUUUCUAGUGUCAUUUAAACAACGAAUAUUUUUCCAAUCAAAAUUUCUUUUCUUGAUAAGUCAAAAUGUAUAUAAUUACUUCCUUCUCAUUUUUGCUUUUGAAAUUCGAUGGCAAUACAUUUUUUAGUUUUUGUUUUUUGGCUCAUCCUUAUAGUUUAGACUUUAUUGAUUUUUUUCAUUCUCUUGUUUACACACAACAUUUUCGUUUUGGGUCUUUUUUAUUUUGUGAUUUUACCUCCAGACUUCUGUAAAAUGCAACUUACUAUAAGUAUACCAAAACAAGAAUUCAUACCGAUUCUCUAUUUUUCACAAUUGUCAGAUAUGUUUUUCUUUUUUUCUUUUUUUCUUCUCAAUUUCGAUUGUUGAAGAUCUCACAAUUUCAAUUUUUGGCUUUUCAUUGUUUUUUUUGUCAAAAUUUUAAUUUAAAACUUAUUAUGAAUAUGAACUUUGAAAAUUAUUUGGUUUUGUUUUUAUGAAGCAGGAAAAGUGAAUCAUCGAUAUGAAUCAUCGAAUGAGUUCGGGAAUUAAUCAAACAAAAUGAAAAAAAAAAUUUUGACCACUGAGCGGAUCGAACGCCCAACCUUUCGAUCUGGAGUCGAACGCGCUACCAUUGCGCCAAGCAGUCAUCGAGAAGAACAACACUCGUUUCCCUACAAAUAAAACACUCUUCAAACCUUCGCAAUCAGUUUGUUUGAUAAAGUUUGUGUUGAACUGAAACUAGUUUUAUAGAAAAAAAAGUGAUUUGAGAAAAAAUUCGUUUAUAAUAAUUGGUAUUUUUUGGGAUACAACUACAUAAUUAUUGUUAUCCCCUUUUUCAUUUUUUCAUGGUUUAGUUAAACUUUAUACGAAAUUUAAUUUUCUCAUCGUCUUUUUUCUUUUCUUCGCAUUUUUUACUUAAAAAUGAAAAAAUAAAAAAAUUUUGACCACUGAGCGGAUCGAACGCCCAACCUUUCGAUCUGGAGUCGAACGCGCUACCAUUGCGCCAAGCAGUCGACAUAUAAACCACUCUUCAAUUGCAUACUUAUAGUUUGACCCUUUGCAAAGAUACAAUCACAUUGUUUGAUAAAAUUUGUGUUACGUACUAGUCUUACAGCAACAAUUAUUAGGUUCAAGAUAUUUCUAUUUUGAGAUGAUAUGGUAAACCAAUUAUGAAUAAUCAAAGGGGAAUAUUUGAUGAUUUGAUGGAAUUUUUCUUUAUUCAUGAAAGGUUAUUAAAGAAUAUGAAAAUAAAAAACGAAAAUAAAGUUUUUCAAGCUAAUUGAAAUUAACCACACUCAAAUGUUUUGAUUUUUCAUAUAUUUUUUGCUCAUGAUAAUAAAAACCAAAAAAGGUAACACUCUGAAGAAAAAAACCCUGGAGAAAAAAACCGUUGUUCCCUUCCCUCUUCAGCAAAAAAUAAAGAGCGGAGAAUGUGCGCUCUGAUGAUAACGCAUGCAAGGGGGAUGUUUUUGGGUUUUCAAAUGCUAGAGUCAUGGUUUUUUUUUGUUUUGUCGUCGUUUUUUUAGUUUUUCUUUUGGAAAUUUUGAUUUUGCUACACCCAUUCCCAAAGAUAACAAGCAAUUACUAAUCAGCUUAUUACAUAUUAGAUCUUCCAGAAUUUCAAAUCCUUUUUUUUCGAACCAAAUUUCAUGAUUUCAGUCUUGAAUUGAUUGGAAUUCAUUUGUUGAGAAUCGUUAGAAUACUUUCUUAAGAAAAUAUCAUUUUUUAACCAAUUUUUUUUCAGUUACGUAUUUGUAA